AUGAGCAGCCUGAGCAGGUCUUCCCACGCCCCUCCACCCGCUGGCUCUCCCAGCCCCACCCCAGCCAGCAUGCGGCCCUGCCCAGCCUCGCCCAGCUCCUCAGCCGAGCUCUCCCUCCAGCUCGCCUGGCCCGCCUCCAUCCCCACCAGCCCCGCAGACAGCAGCACCCAAGAGAAACAGCCACACCCCCAGCCCCACAUGGCCAGCCCCGAACCAGCCAUCCAGCAGCAGCAGACCACCCAGCAGAAAUGGAAGAACGACCGCGCCGACAUACGCUUCGCCCUCGACCAGCUCUCGACCAGCCCCGAGAAAGCCACAGAGCGCCUCGGCACGAUCCUCAAGUCCUACCAGGCCAAGCACCAGCCAAGCGACACCCCGCCAGUCCCCCUAGACGGCAGACUCGAGGUGCUGCUCGCGGCCAAGUACACCGGCACCUCGGCCCCCUUCUUCAAGGCCUGGCUGGACAAGGAGACCGGGUGCAUGGGCGCCGUCGAUGGCUGGCUCCAAGACGCCCUUGCCGCCCUCAUCCCCCCCGAGCAGCCCCAGAACCACCAAAGACCCACCUCGGCCCGCCGCAAAACAACUUCCAAACACCGCGCCAUCCUCCUUUCCAUCCUCCAAUUGCUCCAUAGACUUCCGUUAGGGUUAGAGGACUUGAAGGGGACCGGCUUCGGAAGCGCCGUCCGCCGGAUCAACAAGGCGAAGACCUUACCCGAGAAUAUCAGCAAGUUAUCAGCAGUAUUAAAUUUCCGAUGGACCGAGCUAGUGUCGAAAGCCCGCGCAGAGAGAGCCAGCCGGGCUGUUCCCGAUCAGCCCAGCCGUACCACGCCCGUUACCACUACGACGCCGACGAGCAGCGCGGGCUCGACCCCGGCCCUGCCAGCUGUGAAUCCCAAGCCGUCCACUUCUGCGUCCGCCUCCACCGCCCAGGCUUGCGCGGCUACUACCUCUAAAGUUCCGCUCUCUAGCAUCAAUAUCAAUCGUCCUCCUGCCGUCGAAUCCAGGAAACGUCAGCUUCAAGAAGGACCCUCGAAACCGGACAAUUCUUAUGACGCGAAGAAGCAGAAGCUGGUUCUUCCGAGCCAGUCAACGACAACGAACGGCCCCAAGGGCGUGAGCGGGGCAUCCGGCCGACCGCGAGAAACGCCGCCACUUGCGUAUGCGAAGAGAUGGUACGCGCCUCCGUCGGCGCCCGCGCCCACGCCCGCGCCCACGCCCGCGCCCACUCUGGACCCGUUCGUGGAAGCCUUGGGACAUCUCCACAGCAAAGCCCCGCCCAGCCCGCCCCCUCAGCCGAAAAAAUUUAACCCAAACAGGCCGCCGAAACGUGUCCGGUUCAAGCCCGACGAGGAGCUCUGUCAGGUCAAAGUCGUCGAGCGCGUGGUGUAUGAGGCCGACGAAUAUUAUGAGUUCCCGCCGCCGUGGACGGACGAUGCGCGGAUGCUGGUGGCUGACGAAGGCCGCUAUCUGCACCAAGUUGCGAGAGAGAUCGAGGAAGAGAUGGAGUGGCGGGAGCCCGAGGAGGUGGUGCUACCGAGCGAGACGCUGCGCAACCUGGGCACGUCGGUGCUUGUCUCUGCGGAGGCUUUAGUCCAGGCGGUGCGCGAGGAGACCAGUGCGGAAGUGAGCUUCGGGGACGGGAGCGAGACGGGCCCGGAGACGGCCGCGGAGCCCCCGCCCGACCCGUCUCCCCUCGCCGACGCGCCGGCGCCGAGACAGAUCAAGCUCGGCGCCGCGCUCGGCGCCGACCCCGAAGUGCUCAACGCCAUCGCCUUCUUCCAGGCGUACAACUCCGCCGACGAAGGCCCGCUGGCAACCGAUGCCGACGUCUCUGACAUCCUCACCCAGCUCUCCGACCCCCUGCCCCCUCCCCUCUUCAAUCCACCUGCGAGCUGUCCGAGCCCGGCCUUCGGCCCAGACCCUGCGCACUUUUAUGUCGACCCUGCCCUCCACCAACCUGGGCAGACCACCCCGGCCUUCUAUCACCAAUACAACGAGACGCCUGCCAUCCACAAUGGCUUCUCGUCCACCCAUCACUACGACGAGCCCAACCCUUCCCGCGCUUCUCUCAGGGACGACACUCUCCGGGACCUCCCGCCCCACUUCAUCCGCGCCCAAAACCUCCCCAACCAUCCCCCUGCCCCGCCGGCCCUUCCCACCUCUCCGCCCGCCUCUCGCCUAGCCAAAUCCAAACACAAACGCAAACGCCCCAAGCCCAGGAACCCUGAUUGGCCGUCCACCCAAUCGAUCCCGUGCCGGAACGGCGCCCAUUGCUCGUUCGGCCAGAACUGUAGAUUCAGACAUGAUUGA